AUGGCGGACCCGUCGACGUGCGCGCCCCUGACGCGGGCGUCGGUCGUCGAGGCGCACCGGAUCGUGGCGCCGCACGUGCACCGGACGCCGGUGGUGACGAACCGGACGCUGUCGGAGAUGGCGUCGCGGCCCCGGACGGCGGAGGAGCUCCGGGGCACGCGGUGGGAGGGGCGGCGGCCGGCGGCGCCGAGGAUGCGUCUGUGGUUCAAGUGCGAGAACAUGCAGCGCAUCGGGGCGUUCAAGGUGCGGGGCGCGUUUCACGCCGUGGAGAAGCUGAUGCGCGAGGAGGGUUGGCUUGGGGGCGGGGGGAGGGAGAAGGGCGUGGUGACGCACAGUUCUGGCAACCACGCGCAGGCGCUCGCGCUGGCGGCCCGCGAAAACGGCAUCAAGGCGCGCAUCGUCAUGCCCGACAUCUCCAUCCCGCAGAAGAUUGCCGCCACGCGGGGCUACGGCGCCGAGGUCAUCUUCAGCGGGAGCACGAGCCCCGAGCGCGAGGCCGCGGCGGCGCGCGUCAUCGCCGAGACGGGCGCGCGCCUGGUGCCGCCGUACGACCACCCGGACAUCCUCCUCGGCCAGGGCACCAUGGGGCUGGAGCUGCAGGAGCAGGUGGGGGAGAUGCUGGCCGCGGAGAAGAAGCAGCAGCACAACGAUAAAGGUAGUCGAAGCGGGGAGGAGAAGACGACGACGACGACGAAGAGUGGGAGCAGCAGCAGCAGCAGCAGCAAGACGGGCCUCGACGCCAUCAUCACGCCCUGCGGCGGCGGCGGCAUGCUCUCGGGCGUGGCCCUCAGCUGCGAGGGCACGGGCAUCCGCGUCUUCGGCGCCGAGCCCCUCUUCCAGGGCGCCGACGACGGCAAGCGCGGCUACGAGUCGGGCCGCCGUGUCGCCUCCGUCUCCACGCUCACCGUCGCCGACGGCCUGCGCACGCCCGUCGGCGAGAUCCCCUUUUCCGUCAUUGCUGGCGACCGGCGCCUCGUGAGCGGCAUGUUCAGCGUCACCGAGGCCGAGAUCCUCGCCGCCAUGCGCCUCGUCCUCGAGCGCUGCAAAAUGGUCGUCGAGCCCAGCGCGUGCGUGCCCCUCGCCGCGGCGCUCUUCGACGAGGAGUUCCGAGCCGUGGUGGAGCGCGAGGGCGGCGAGGAGGGCUGGGAGCUGGGCAUCGUGCUGAGCGGGGGGAACGUUGGCGUGGAUGCCAUUGGGAGGAUGUUUGGUGGCGGGGCAAAGUGA